AUGUUAGAGACGAAUUGCCCAGGGGUCGCCCACAACUUGCCCUUUUCGGAAGAGCGUCGUGGCGAGCAUGCGCCGAUUCAGGGCGGAACCGCCCGCUAUCAGCGAACUCUCCUAAAUUUCGCUGAUAAACAAACAGAAAAAAAUUGGCUGAAAAUCCAGAAGGAAGUUCUUCUGGAACUUAAUGAAGAAACGGACGCUAACGAUGUCCUGAAAAUCUGCGAAGAGCAAGAUAACUUUUGCGCCAAAGAAAUUGAGAGAUUUGAUGAAGAUGAUAGCAGCGGAUGUUUAAACGAAGUAGAGAGCGAAGAUAAACCAAAGAAUAAUGAUGAAAACGAGCCGCAGAUGCACCAGAUGUCGUACAAAGUAGAAGACAUUUAUGAUGAAACCGGUGAGUAUAUGAAAUAA